CACUUGUCUCUUGCCGAAGACUUGCGCUAGAUCAGUCUCUCCGUCGCGCGUGAACGUUAUCCAAGGUCACGGACGACUGUCGUUGGGGUCCGCGUGUGUGCGUUUGAGCUUCGCAAUCCAAUUUCUGGUGCCGUUGUUUCGUUGGGGCAUAGGUUGGGGGCGCGUCAUCGACUUUGGAAGCAAGGUCUUGGACGCAAGAGCGGUCCAUCCACGCGCGUGCGCGUGCGCGCAACGUUCCUGUUUUGUAUUCGUGAACCAGUAACGCCAUGAGCUUUCUGUCGGAGAAGGCACUCUUCUUUUGGGACUGGCGAUGGUUGACGACGGCCCUUGUUUUCCUGCUCUCCUAUCUCGUGGUGCGGUUCUAUCACAAGGUGUCCAAGUACCCGAAAGGCCCAUUCCCGCUGCCUGUCGUCGGAAAUCUUCUGGAACUCAGGAACACCAAAGAGCUUUACAAGGCUGCCAACAACUGGUCUCAGAAAUUUGGAGACCCAAUCACUCUGUGGAUGGGUGAGAAGCCAAUGGUUGUGCUCAACACACACAAACUUGUGAAGGAAGCGUUCAUUGAAAGGAGACACGAGUUUGCUGGACGUUUUUCAACCAAAAUGGCGGAACUCCAGAGACAAGGAAACCACAACAUUAUGUUUGAGGACUAUAAUCCAACCUGGAAAACCCUGCGCAAGUUGGCACUGACCGCCGUAAGGAAGUACGCCGUCAGUGACUCGUUGGAGAACCUUUGCUGCGAGGUCGUGGAUGCUUACGUGGAUUCGUUGAAGGAGGGACCCAAUGUAGUGGAUUCGAGAGCUCCUUUUAUGUACAUGCUUUAUAACAUAAUCGGCAUGUCUGUCUAUGGAGCAAAGUUUGAUAAAGAAAGCCCAGAAUUGACUAAGAUGCAAGCCAUUAACAAAAUCUUCUUCGAAUUAGCACCUAAUGGACUGCCAAGUGACAUUGUGCCGUGGCUGGGUCUACUUUACCGAGGGCGUGAAAAGAAGAUUGAGAUUCUUUUCAAGGAAUUUCUUGACAAACUUGAUAGCCUGUACAAACGAGCUGUGAAAUCAUACGUCCCCGGCAAAAUCGAAAACUUCACGCACUCCAUGUUGGCAGCGAGAGACGAAGCCAUUGAGCAAGAAAAGAACGACGCUCAGUACCUCACCGAAGCCAACAUGGUCCAGAUUAUUAUGGACAUCUUCGGAGCUGCAACGGAUACUUCAUUGGGAGAGCUGCAGUGGUUAUGUCUGACGAUGACCAGAAAGCCAGAGAUACAGGAAAGAAUAAAGGAAGAAAUAGAAAGAAACUUGGGGCAAGCUCGACCCGGAAUGCAAGACAGAGGAAAGCUACACUACACAGUGGCCUGCCUCUUGGAGACCCUGCGCAUGUACCCCAUCGUUCCCCUAGGCCUCCCGCAUAACACGACAUGCGACACAGAAGUUGGAGGACAGUUCAUUCCCAAGGACACUGGCAUCUUUUACAACAUCUACACCAUGAACCGUGAUCCCCAGCUGUGGCCAGAACCCGAGGUCUUCAGGCCGGAAAGAUUCCUGGACCCUGUCACGGGCAAGGUGAACCAGGAACUUCUGCCCCAGCUGAUGUCUUUCGGUCUGGGUCCCAGGACGUGUCCAGGAGAAAAACUGGCACAUGUGGACAUGUUCUACGUCCUGGUGCGCUUUAUGCAGCGUGUCAGCUGCAGCGCACCGGCGGGGAAAUCGGACACCCCAAUAGCGGCAAUUAAUUCCAACUUGUUUUUGACUCCUGCAGAGCAAGACAUCGUUUUGACUAGAGUGUACUGACCCGAACAAUUCAUGUCAUUACUUAUGUAUACUCAAGAACGUUUGCUUUACGUAUUUGUGUCUGCUUUGAAUGCAUUAAAAAUAAACGAACGGCAGAGAAAAGAUGAACUUUGUGUACAAAGAAAGCCGUCCUAAGUAAAGAUUGCAAACAAGCCAUCA